ACCCGAAUCGGGUGGCUUAGUAGUUUGAGUUUGCCAACGGUCGGUUCUGGUCCAUCGAUCGCGGUGCUCAGGUUGAGAUCGUUUUUUCUGCUCCUGCUCUAAUGUAGCAGUGCAAGCCAUCUUGAUCCCGAAAUAAGUCCCGGAUUGCAAGAGCAAUUAUCACAGCUGAUCGAACCAAUAUCACGGCGCGUGGGACGAGUAACCCACCGGAAGUUAUCAAGUAAUUGGGUUCUUGAAAGCCUAAAAAUGAGUGAGGUAGACGACAUCGCCGAGCAUAUGCGUCGGUUUGCCUGGCCGGAUUACCUGGUGUUUGUGGCUAUGCUAUUUUUGUGCAUCCUCAUUGGAAUCUACUUUGGAUUUAUGCAACGGAAACCGAGCACCGAAACGGAAUAUUUGAUGGGUGGCCGAACCAUGCUGGUCUUUCCGAUUGCGUUAUCGUUGAUAGCCAGUUUCAUUUCCGGCAUAACGCUACUCGGACUUCCGACCGAGGUUUAUUCGUUCGGCAUCCAGUACGUGUACGUAGCACUCGGAGUGAUCAUGAUGGGUUUCGUCAUGGGGUUCAUCUAUCUGCCCGUGUUUCACAAGCUCAACAUCACGUCGACCUAUGAGUAUCUCGAAACACGUUUCGAUCGGCGGCUGCGAAUGUUUGGCUCCAUUAUGUUUACGAUCAUGAAUAUCGGCUACCUUCCAAUAGUGAUCUACGUCCCCGCCCUUGCCUUCAACCAGGUGACCGGCGUCAACAUCCACGUGAUCACACCUAUUGUUUGUAUCGUGUGCGUUUUCUACACCUGUGUGGGUGGUUUGAAAGCUGUAGUGUGGACAGAUGUGGUGCAGACGUUUUCGAUGUUCGGUGCACUGGUUCUGGUGGCAGUGAAGGGAACGUUAGACAUAGGUGGAUCAGAUAUAGUCUUUCGUCGAGCCUGGGACACCGAUCGUCUGGAGCGUCCAAACUUCGAUAUCAAUCCAACUGUGAGGCAUACGCUCUGGUCUCAGCUUAUCGGAGGCUUCGUCUAUUGGCUGCAGACCAAUGCCGUUAGUCAGAAUAUGAUCCAGAGGUAUCUAUCGCUACCCUCGGUACGUGCCGGACGUCGGGCUUUGUGGAUUUUCGUGGUCGGAGUGUGUCUUCUGAUGGCUUUAUGCAGCUAUAAUGGGUUGUUGAUCUACGCGACGUACCAGAAAUGCGACCCGCUUACAACGAAGUUAGCCAAGGCAAAAGACCAGUUGCUGCCUUUGUUUGUGAUGGACAUCCUCAGUGAACUGCCGGGACUUCCCGGGCUGUUUGUGGCUGGAGUAUUUAGCGCGGCACUAAGCUCUCUUUCGACCUGUCUGAACUCUAUGUCCGCUGUGAUUCUGGAGGAUUUCGUAAAGCCAUUUGUGCGUAAGCCUCUCUCGCCACGUGCAGUUAACUGGAUUAUGCGAUCGGUAGUCGUCGGAGUUGGAGCCAUCAGUGCUGCACUAGUGUUUGUAGUGGAAAAAAUGGGUACGGUUCUGCAGCUGACAAUGAGCUUGGAAGCGAUCACGAAUGGUCCCUUACUUGGAACGUUCACUCUGGGAAUUCUGGUGCCAUGGGUUGAUGCGAGGAGCGCUCUUACGGGUGGAAUUGUCGGUGUAUUGUUUAUGUCCUGGCUAAGUUUGAAGGCUCAAUACGCUGUCGCUACCGGGGCGAUCGUCUUUCCUCAUAAGGAGAUGUCCGUUGAGGAAUGUUCUUACAAUUUUGAUCACUCGGUCCUUAAUUCUACUGUAACUAGUUCAGUACAUGUUGAGGACAUCUUCCCGCUCUAUCGAAUAUCGUACAUGUGGUAUACGUUCCUGGGAGCGGCCGUAACGAUAAUCAUAUCGUUGGUUUGUAUAUUAGUUUUCGGCCGGAAUGAUCCCAAAACGGUGUCACCGGACUUGCUGGCGGGAUUCGUGAAACGGUACGUGUAUGGAGAUGCUGUCCCCGCCAGUGGUGGCAACCGACCAAAACCACUCUCGACUAACAGUAGCUCGCCGAACGAUAAGCUGAACAACCUUUUGGUACCGGGAAAUCGUGAUCAUGGGCUGAUCGAGAAAGAAUCGCGACUGUAGCGUGCUCUGAUGUUCAAGUGUAAACAGUGUUCCUAUUUGUUGCUAGAUGGCAUUCAGUAUUUUUUUUAACAAUAAGUUAUAACGUUUAAAUGUAAGAGCAGAGAUCGAGUAAAAAUAUAUGAUGACGACUAAA